AAUCCCGCGUUUUGCGCCACGCUGGUAAACAUCUCAUUCAGAUUGCGGUUGCGAGAUUUCUUUAAAAUUGUUAUUUGUUUUUCUCUACUUUUUUUUUUAUCAUUACGCCGGCCUCUUAUCUCCGCCAACAAUUGUACUUUAUCAUUGUUGAUUGUGGUCUGAAAGCGACCACCGAAGGUCGCGUCACUUAUAUAGUCAAAGGUAUAAAUAGGCGUGUGAGAAGCGGGACAUAAGUGCAAUACACAAUAGUAUUACACUUGCACGGAAUAUGACGGGGCGUGUUGCUGUGGUGACUGGUGGAAACAAGGGUAUCGGCUUUGCCAUCGUCAAAGCCCUCUGCCAGCAGUUCAAUGGGAUUGUUUACUUGACAGCCCGCGAUACUACUCGUGGCUUGAACGCUGUCAGUGAAUUGAAGAAGCAAGGCUUGGAUCCAAAGUUUCAUCAAUUGGAUAUCACCGAUGACAACAGUGUCUAUACAUUCCGGGAUUACUUACAGGAUACGUAUGGCGGUCUUGAUGUACUGGUUAACAAUGCCGCCAUAGCGUUUAAAAUGAAUGCUACAGAACCUUUUGAAGUCCAAGCGGAAGAAACAAUACGAGUAAACUACUUCAGUUUGCGUAGAGUUUGUACUGCUCUCUAUCCUCUACUCAGAUUGCAUGCCCGGGUGGUUCACGUCUCGAGCAGUUCUGGACGUUUGCGCAACAUUAAUGGUACUGCAUUAAAACAGAAAUUGGCUGAUCCCAAUCUGACUGAAACGGAAUUGGACGAAAUCAUGCGCGAAUUUGUCGAGGCUGCGAAAGCUGGUACGCAUUUACAAGCCGGUUGGUCAAAUUCAGCGUAUGUGGCGAGUAAAAUCGGUGUUUCCGCCUUGGCUGGCAUUCAGCAAACCAUGUUCAAUGCGGAUUCUCGGGAAGACAUUGCGGUGAAUGCGGUACAUCCUGGUUACGUGGAUACCGAUAUGACUAACCACAAGGGUGACCUGACACCAGAUCAAGGUGCCAUAGCUCCCGUUUACUGCGCACUGUUGCCGGAGAAUACAGAGAUAAAAGGGAAAUAUAUCUGGUGCGAUACGACAUUGGCAGAAUGGAAGUAAACAUAUACAACGGAUGGAUAAACUGGAUUGAACUACUAAUUCCUAUGAUGCAUGACAAUGAAACGGAUGUUACAUACUAAUUAUUAUCACAUCGAAUACUUUACAAUUUCUAUAUUUUUAUCAUAUUAAAUACUCUAAAAAAAGGAGAAAGGAUAAUAACUCACGAAGAAAUGUAUAAGCUAUUUUGUUACAAAUAUCUUAUUUUAAAACAACCAAAUAAAAAUAUAUAUUGAA